AUGUUCGCUGCUCGUCAGACCUUCAACCUCUUCCAGAAGCGUGCCUUCUCGGCCUCCGCCAGCCAGGCCUCCAAGGUCGCCGUCCUCGGCGCUGGCGGUGGUAUCGGCCAGCCUCUGUCGCUGCUGCUGAAGCUCAACCCCCGUGUCUCCGACCUCGCCCUCUACGAUAUCCGUGGUGGACCCGGUGUCGCCGCUGACCUGAGCCACAUCAACACCAACAGCACCGUCACCGGCUACAACCCCGACGCUGCUGGUCUCAAUGACUGCCUCAAGGACGCUGAGAUCGUCCUCAUCCCCGCCGGUGUCCCCCGCAAGCCCGGUAUGACCCGUGACGAUCUGUUCAACACCAACGCCUCCAUCGUCCGUGACCUGGCCAAGGCUGCUGCUAAGUCUGCCCCCAACGCCAACAUCCUGGUCAUCUCCAACCCGGUCAACUCCACCGUCCCCAUCGUCUCCGAGGUCUACAAGGCCGCCGGCGUCUACAACCCCAAGCGUCUGUUCGGUGUCACCACCCUUGACGUCGUCCGUGCCUCGCGCUUCAUUUCGCAGGUCCAGGGCACCAACCCCGCCGACGAGAAGGUCACCGUCAUCGGUGGUCACUCCGGUGUCACCAUCGUCCCCCUGCUGUCGCAGUCCAACCACGCCUCCAUCGCCGGUGAGGCCCGCGACGCUCUCGUCAACCGCAUCCAGUUCGGUGGUGACGAGGUCGUCAAGGCCAAGGACGGUGCUGGCUCCGCCACCCUCUCCAUGGCCAUGGCCGGUGCCCGCUUCGCCGAGUCCCUCCUCCGCGCCGCCCAGGGCGAGAAGGGCGUUGUCGAGCCCACCUUCGUCGAGUCCCCUCUCUUCAAGGGCCAGGGCAUCGACUUCUUCGCCUCCAAGGUCGAACUUGGCCCCAACGGUGCCGAGAAGAUCCACGACAUCGGUCCCGUCAACGAGUACGAGCAGAAGCUCAUCGAUGCCUGCCUCGUUGACCUCAAGAAGAACAUCCAGAAGGGUGUUGACUUCGUCAAGGCCAACCCCGGCAACUAA